AAACCCCUGCACUACGGGACCCUCCUGGGCAGCAGAGCUUGUGUCCACAUGGCAGCAGCUGCCUGGGCCACUGGGUUUCUCAAUGCUCUGCUGCACACGGCCAAUACAUUUUCACUGCCCCUGUGCAAGGGCAAUGCCCUGGGCCAGUUCUUCUGUGAAAUCCCCCAGAUCCUCAAGCUCUCCUGCUCACACUCCUACCUCAGGGAACUUGGGCUUAUUGUGGUCAGUGUCUGCUUAGCAUUUGGCUGUUUUGUGUUCAUUGUGGUGUCCUAUGUGCAGAUCUUGAGGGCCGUGCUGAGGAUCCCCUCUGAGCAGGGACGGCACAAAGCCUUUUCCACCUGCCUCCCUCACCUGGCCGUGGUCUCCCUGUUCCUCAGCACUGCCAUGUCUGCCUACCUGAAGCCCCCCUCUAUAUCCUCUCCUUCCCUGGACCUGGUGGUGUCUGUUCUGUACUCGGUGGUGCCUCCAGCAGUGAACCCCCUCAUCUACAGCAUGAGGAACAAGGAGAUCAAGGAUGCCCUGAGGAAACUCAUAUCUUAG